UGCUUCGUUUCAGUUGAAUGUCGAAUCUCGGCCCGUAUAGACACAAUGGACAACUCGCUUUGAGCGCUGUCUCGAUUUAAAUUUAUACAUUUAAAGUACAAAAAAAGUAUUCCACGGUACUGAAUGUGAUAGUUGGCUUUGUAAUUGUAGGCGAUAUAGCAGCAGCAACAACAAAAGCAAAUACAGAGCGUAGGAGAUAACAGAAAACGUGUUAUUGUGUUUUUCCGUUCGUGUUCACGGAAAAUCAAUAGUGAUUGUGAAAGCGCAUUAUUUACACGAUUAACAAAUCGUCAAAUCUCAACGCAACGGAAAUUUUCCAGUGCAAACUUGAGUUUUUCAAGAAAAAGAGAAAAGCCGUCAAGUUGCAGAACGCAGACCUUCUCCACGGCUUCGGACCUCUGCGGUUACCUUCACUUACUGCAACGAUAGCAGCAGCAUAACUCCAAUCACUUGGGCCCCAGCUUUACUUACCGACUGGGAAUGGAAUGAAAUGGCCUGGCCUGGCUGACUUGGCUUGCGUUGGUUUGGCUGGGCUUAUUCCAAUCAGAAAACUCGAAAGGCAGCUCCAACCUCGAUGGCACUCCAAGCCAGUUUGAUUUUCUGUGGCUGAGUUUUGUAGAAAACUUGCCCGACUGCAUUCCAUUGGAGUUUCGACUUCAGAGGAAAGGAGCCAGAGAAGAAAUUAAGAGUCAGGCAAACAAAGGAGCUAACAACCAGAACACAAAAUGGCAUCUGUUGUAGCUGAUCUUCCGUCUUAUGGACCUAUCGCUUUUGAUCAGGUGGAUAACAACACGAACGCGACCCAGCUAUUCAAAAAUAAUAUAAACAAAACCAGAAUGAACGAUUUAAACCGCGAGGAGACGCGAUUAAAGACCUUCACCGACUGGCCGCUGGACUGGCUGGAUAAACGCCAAUUGGCCCAAACCGGCAUGUACUUCACACACGCCGGCGACAAAGUUAAAUGCUUUUUCUGCGGCGUGGAAAUCGGUUGCUGGGAGCAGGAGGAUCAGCCCGUGCCGGAACAUCAGCGAUGGUCGCCCAACUGUCCACUGUUGCGCCGGCGCACUACCAACAAUGUGCCGAUCAAUGCCGAAGCAUUAGAUCGCAUCCUGCCGCCAAUAAGCUACGAUAUCUGCGGCGCCAACGACUCGACGCUGGAGAUGAGGGAGCAUGCCUACGCAGAAGGCGUCAUACCCAUGUCGCAGCUAAUUCAGUCGAUUGGCAUGAAUGCAGUAAAUGCGGCAGGCAGUGUAACUGGAACCGCAGCCCCGCAGCCGAGGGUAACGGUCGCCACCCAUGCGUCGACGGCGACACAGGCCACUGGCGAUGUCCAGCCGGAGACGUGUCGUCCUUCAGCCGCCAGUGGCAAUUAUUUUCCCCAGUAUCCCGAAUACGCCAUCGAGACGGCACGCCUGCGCACCUUCGAGGCUUGGCCGAGGAACCUGAAACAGAAGCCCCACCAGCUGGCCGAGGCGGGUUUCUUCUAUACAGGCGUUGGGGAUCGCGUCCGCUGCUUCAGUUGCGGCGGUGGUCUCAUGGAUUGGAACGACAACGACGAGCCCUGGGAACAGCACGCUCUCUGGCUAAGUCAGUGCCGAUUCGUCAAGCUGAUGAAGGGUCAGCUCUAUAUCGAUACGGUGGCCGCCAAACCAGUGCUGGCCGAGGAGAAGGAGGAGAGCUCUUCGAUUGGAGGGGUCGCGGUGGCCAGCACACAGGCUUCAGAGGAAGAGCAGCAGACAUCACUCUCAUCGGAGGAGGCCGUUUCGGGGGAUGUGGCUCCGUCCGUAGCUCCCACGGCAGCCACACGCAUCUUCAACAAGAUCGUCGAGGCGACAGCGGUGGCUACUCCCUCGACAAACAGCAGCGGCUCCACCUCCAUACCCGAGGAAAAGUUGUGCAAGAUCUGCUACGGCGCCGAGUACAAUACGGCAUUCCUGCCAUGCGGUCAUGUGGUGGCCUGCGCCAAGUGCGCCUCCUCUGUGACAAAGUGUCCGCUGUGCCGGAAGCCCUUCACCGAUGUGAUGCGCGUAUAUUUUUCUUAAUAACCCCAAUGCGCACCCAAGUCCUCAAAUUCAAAAUAAACAUGUCUAAAAAGAAAAUGUGGGCGGAAUGUGUUAAUUAUAAGCGUAGAAAAAAAUCGUGGUUCAACAGGCGAUCGCAACGGCCAGCUGUGGGGAUGCCCGGCAGCUGGCCGUUGGACUUUAGAAGAUCACAAAGCCUGCCAGUUAUCGUAAGCCUACAUUGUAAUAUUAGUUUAGUACAGCACUUCUAUGCGUUAUUUAUAAUAAAACUAAUAUAUUACCG